AGUGCAACACCCGGAACUGUCGUGUAUUUGUUGCUUGUUUUUGUCGGUGUAGCGAACAUUGUAUUUUCCUCACCCGUAUUUCGCCAAACCGCUCCUACCGCACUAUGAUUGGUUAAUAUCAUCCUGGGUUCUGUGAUGUGAUUGGUUCAUAGUUGCUAAACGCUCCGUGAUUAGCCAAUAAGCUCGGCAGUCGUUCAGCGCAGGCGGAGAGUUGUUGGAAUACGGGUGGGGAAAAGAAAAUAACGCGUAGCAAACCGCUUGCUGUAACUUUAAAGUCGUUUGUUUGUUAAUUUACAGAUUUUUACUAUAAAGAUAACCCAGAAUGGCAUCAGCUCCAGCCCAGCAGCCCACACUGACAAUAGAGCAAGCCAGAGUGGUGCUGAGUGAGGUGAUCCAGGCCUUCUCUGUGCCUGAGAAUGCCUCUCGGAUGGAGGAGGCGAGGGAAAGUGCCUGUAAUGACAUGGGUAAGAUGCUCCAGCUGGUUCUGCCUGUGGCUACACAAAUCCAGCAGGAGGUGAUCAAGGCCUACGGCUUCAAUAACGAAGGAGAGGGUGUGCUGAAAUUUGCCAGACUGGUGAAGAUGUACGAAUCUCAGGACCCAGAGAUCGCUGCCAUGUCGCUCAAGCUUAAGUCUCUUCUCCUGCCACCUCUGUCGACUCCGCCCAUCGGUGGUGGAAUUCCAGCAUCAUAACUUCAGCCAAACCAAUAUCCACAUCACAGGGGUUCAAAACAUCUACAUCAGACGUGUCCGAUCUUAUCCACAGAGGGCCGGUGUGGGUGCAGGGGUUCAUUCCAGUCAAGCAGGAGCCACAUCUGAUUCCCCUUUUUUGAUCAGUGGAUCUUGGCUUUCAGUAGACUCAGGUGUAGCUUCUGCUUGGAUGGAAUGAAAACCUGCACCCACACCGGCCCUUUCCUUAUAAGAUUGGACACCACUGAUCUACAGCCUCACCGUUACUGUCCUUCAUCAGAAAUACUGACAUAUUUUCCAGACUAUAAGAGAAUAAAACACACCUCCAUGGAUUCAUAAUCGGUGUAUUCGCAGCUGUCAGUCACUACUUUGUGGCUAGUGUUUUGAUUAGUAGGAGAAGUACAGCGUAGCCUGGCAGCGGCUGACAUUUAAGGCACGUUUUCACCGCAGGGAAUUUCAGCAUGUUUAUAUCAAAAGAACAAACAUCAGGGGAAAAAAACAGUUGUUUCACAGUCUGCGCACUUUUCCCAUUUACAUUUACAUUUAUGGCAUUUGGCGGACGCCCUUACCACAGCGACUUACAAUUCUCUUAUUUAUACAACUGAGCAGUUGAGGGUUAAGGGUCUUGCUCAAGGGUCCAGCAGUGGCAGCCCACGUUCUCUUCCGUUCCACUCGUAGUUGUUGCAGUGAAAAUUCCAGAACGACGAUGCAAAUGCAACUUCAACUUCGCUUCAUUUCGAGUCGCAAUGCCUGCUAUAAAGAGCACAAAUAAAUAAAUCACGCAAAUUAUAGUCUGGAAAAUCCACUGUUCAAAUCCUGAACUUCUCACAUUCCCAUGGCAUUCUAACUUUUGUAUUACCAUUUCAUAUUCUCUCUCGUAUUUAUCUGAAUUUCUCUGUGUAUAUAGUACAAAGACUUUUGCACAAACCUGGAAAUCUGUGGGAAAUAACAAAUCUGAAGAUCUGUGUGAAAGCUGUUUCUGGUUAAGACUAAAGCGAUAUCUCACUCUGAUGUAGGUUUAAAUCCUACAGCUGCUGUGGAAAUUCCAGCAGUGCAAAGAUCUCGAGAAACGGUUAUGCCAGGAAUAAAAUAUAUGGUAUGUAUAAACAUAUUUGUUUUAGUUUUUGCAUGUUCCUAGCAAAUAAUAGAAAACUCUCUCACCCAAAUUGUUUGCAUAAAUAGUUUCCUCAAUCCACAUCCAGGUCUUCAGUGAUAUCAAUCAAAAUCUAGGACAUAGCGUGUGUUACUGUAAUGUAUAAACAUGAAAUAUAUCUUCACCGUCAAGCUGUAUGGCUGUAACAUUAUAGGGGCAGCCAUCUUGGAACCCUGGAGGCUUAAAAAGAUUUUGUUUGUGAUGGACUUGAGAUAUUUGUUAGCAGCAUUAGGCUCAAAGCUCAAGGUCAGAAGAAGAAGAAAUUGACCAUAUGAGGAACAUAUGAAACCGUAUGUUGUCAUUUUGACCAAAUUGUUGCUUUUAAAUAGCUUAAUAUGUGCAUGAGAUCUAAAUUAGAGCAGAUCCAGGGUAAGGAGAAUGUGCUUCACAGUCUUCAUACAGCAAAAUGUCUGCCAAAGUUGGUGGCUGAGUUUCGUUUCGUCGUGCAUAAGACCGCUGUUCAGUAACAUCUACCAACCUUCAAACUCAACAGGAGUUCAGCAAAACACUAGUAUUCAUACUUUCCCUUUUUUUCCCCUCAUUGCUUUUUAUCUUUUUUUUUUUUUUUUUUUUUUUACCUUUGUUUACAUUUGUGUGUAAAUUUUCAUUGUGCAAUAAAAACUUUAAUCAGGAUCAACA